CCUCCCCCUCCCAGCUGCUUGGAGGCCCCGAGGGCUCCCUGGAAGAGGUGACCGCUUUCACCUUGCUCUGCACCCCUGCCCCCUUUGGCCAGCCCUUCGAAAGACCGGGACACCGAGGUGUAUUCAGAGAGGGGGGGAUGCUGAUGACAUCUUCUAGGCCUGUCUCUUCCUUGGGCCCCCUGCCCCCAGCCAUGGGCCCCAGGAGCUCCCCAGGAGCAGCCAGGGCUAUCCCCCACCCCAGCACGUGGGGCUCAGCCAGCUGGGGGCCCGCCUGAGCCCAGCCUCCACCGUGUCCCAUGGAGGAGGAGGAGGACGGUGGGGAGGGCCCAGCCCUGCGGGGGACUGAAGAGUGGGGCCUGGGCCCCGACGUCCCUGCUGCUGCAGGGCCCCUGUGGACUGCUGUGUUUGACUAUGAGGCUGCGGGAGAGGAGGAGCUUACCCUCCGAAGGGGAGACCAGGUGCGGGUGCUGUCCCAGGACUGGGCUGUGUCCGGUGAUGAGGGCUGGUGGACUGGGCAGCUGCCCGGUGGGCGCGUGGGUGUCUUCCCCAGCAACUACGUGGUGGCUCCCGGCGUGGCAGCCCCUGCCCCCACCGGCCUCCCUCUGCCCCGGGAGAUCCCCUUUGGUGAGCUACAGCUCGAAGAAAUCAUUGGCGUCGGGGGCUUUGGGAAAGUCUACAGAGCCAGGUGGCAUGGUGAGGAGGUGGCCGUGAAGGCUGCCAGACUAGACCCAGAGAGGGACCCAGCGGUCACUGCAGAGCAGGUGGCCAGGGAGGCCCGGCUCUUCGGCGCCCUUUGCCAUCCAAACAUCAUCGCCUUGCGAGGCGCCUGCUUGCGGCCACCCCAUCUCUGCUUGGUCAUGGAGUAUGCCCGAGGAGGGCCUCUAAGCCGGGCCCUGGCCGGCCGCCGGGUACCCCCUCACGUGCUGGUCAACUGGGCCGUCCAAGUGGCUCGGGGCAUGGAGUACCUGCACAGUGGAGCACCGGUGCCCAUCAUCCACAGGGACCUCAAGUCCAUCAACAUCCUCAUCUUGGAUGCAUUCGAGAACGGGGACCUGUCAGACACCGUCCUCAAGAUCACGGACUUUGGCCUGGCCCGGGAGUGGCACAAGACGACCAAAAUGAGUGCAGCAGGGACAUAUGCCUGGAUGGCCCCCGAGGUCAUCCGCCUGUCCCUCUUCUCCAAGAGCAGUGAUGUCUGGAGCUUUGGGGUGCUGCUCUGGGAGCUGCUGACGGGGGAAGUGCCCUACCGGGAGAUCGAUGCGCUGGCUGUGGCCUAUGGGGUGGCCAUGAACAAGCUGAUGUUACCCAUCCCAUCGACCUGCCCCGAGCCCUUUGUGCACCUUCUGGAGGAGUGCUGGGACCCCGAGCCCCACCAGCGGCCCGACUUUGGCAGCAUCCUGAGCCGCCUGGAGGCCAUAGAGCAGUCGGCCCUGUUCCAGAUGCCGCUGGAAUCCUUCCACUCCCUGCAGGAGGACUGGAAACAAGAAAUUCAACACAUGUUUGAUGACCUUCGGACCAAGGAGAAGGAGCUCCGGAGCCGGGAGGAAGAACUCCUGAGAGCAGCGCAGGAGCAGAAGUGGCAGGAGGAGCAGCUUCGGCGGCGGGAGCAGGAGCUGGCUGAGCGCGAGAUGGACAUCGUGGGGCGCGAGCUGCACCUGCUCAUGGAUCAGCUGAGCCAGGAGCGGCCGCGUGUCAAGAAGCGUCGGGGCCACUUCAGGCGGAGCCGCCUCAAAUUGAGGGACAGCAACAAUAUCAGCCUGCCCUCAGGCUUUGAGCACAAGAUCACCGUCCAAGCCUCUCCAACGACUUUGGACAAGCGGAAAGGGCUGGGACCUGAAGGAGUCAGCCCCCCCGCCAGCCCCAGCAUCAUUCCUCGGCUCCGGGCCAUCCGCUUGACACCUAUGGAGAACACCAGCGGCCGCAGUGGGGCCCUGAAGAAGGAAGAACUCGUCGCCGGGAAGAAGAAGGGCCGGACAUGGGGUCCCAGCUCCACCCUGCAGAGAGAGCGGCUUGGCGGGGAAGAGAGGCUGAAGGCCCUAGGGGAGGGUAGCAAGCAGUGGUCCUCCAGUGCCCCGAACCUGGGCAAGUCUCCCAAACAUAUGCCCAUGGCCCCAGGCUUCUCCAGCCUCACAGAGAUGGAAGAGUUUUCAGAAGCUGAUGGGACCAGUGUGCCCCCCUCCCCCUACACUCCCCCAUCCUACCUCACCUUACCUCUGCCUGCCGAGGCCCCCGCCAGCCCCUGGGAGUCACCUCACCCUGCAACAGCCCCUCCAGGACGGGGUGGGGCCCCCCGGAAGCGGAGUGAGCUGGCACUGCUGAGGUGCGCCACCAUCCUGGGGGCCGUGGCCUUGGGCAGUGACGUGGCAGAGGCCCAAGCCUCUGAUGGAGAUGACGAGUCUCACUGGUGGAGGGAUGGACUUUUCCCCCGGAAUGCUCGUUUCCCCCGGGGACCCAGCCCACCUGGACGGAGGGCCCGCUGCCACGGGAGAGGGGCAGGGGAAGAGGCCCCCCCGCCCCCUGCCCCUGGCCUGGUGCCUUCAGCCACCAUCCUCUCCCUGUCCUCCCUUUCUGACUGCAACUCCACCCGAUCGCUGAUUCGCUCAGACAGUGACGAAGGGCCCCCGGCCAUGGGCGUAGGGACCUCCCCCCCAAGCACACCUGCCACCAAUCCCCUGGUGGACCUGGAGGUGGAGAGCUUCAAGAAGGACCCCCGCCAGUCGCUCACCCCCACCCAUGUCACCGCUGCCCGGGCUGUGAGCCGAGGGCAUCGCCGGACCCCGUCAGAUGGGGCCCUGAGGCAGCUGGUGCAGAGCCACCGACCAGGACCAGAGGUCCCCAGGGACCCCCUGGACUUUCCCCGCCUGCCUGACCCCCAGACAUUGUUUCCCCCUCGACGAAGGCCUCCUCCAGAGCCACCAGGCCGGCCCACCACUCUGACCUUUGCCCCUCGGCCAAGGCCAGCUGCCAGCCGGCCUCGGCUUGACCCUUGGAAGCUGGUCUCCUUCAAUAGAACAUUCAGCGGCUCCUCCCCUCCUGCACCCGGGACACCAGGCACCCCGGGGCCCCAGCCUAGCCUGCUUGACAUGGACACAGAAGGACAGAGCCAGGACAGCACAGUACCCCUAUGUGGGGUCGUGCCCACCUUCUCUGACCCUGAGGCUGAUGUCUCCCACUGAAUGUACAGCCCUGGCCUGAGGGUGCUGCCCCCAUGGGGCAGAGAGAGGCCCCUACAGGGACUGAUGCUAUGUUAUUUAUUGGGG